CGGUGUUUCCGGGUCAGGUGUCGCGGCUGCGUUUGUUUUGGGUGAUGAGCCCGGGGCACCUCGCUGCAGAGUAUGGCCAAUCUACCGCCCGGGGAUCCUAAACUCGUGUCUCUGAUCGUCAAUCACCUCAAGAGCCAAGGACUGUUCGACCAGUUCCGCCGAGACUGUCUGGCUGAUGUGGACACCAAGCCUGCAUACCAAAAUUUGAGACAACGAGUUGACAAUUUUGUAUCUAACCACUUGGCAAAUCACACCUGGAGCCCCCAUCUGAACAAGAAUCAGCUGAGGAAUAAUAUCAGGCAACAGGUGCUCAAGUCUGGAAUGCUUGAAGCCGGUAUUGACCGCAUUAUAUCCCAAGUGGUGGAUCCAAAGAUAAACCACACAUUUAGACCUCAAGUGGAAAAAGUUGUACAAGAUUUUCUGGCUACACUACAUAACAAGGAGGAUGCCAGUGCAAAUCAUGAGCAGACCGAAGAGAAGUUUGAAUCAUCGGUUUCCAACACUGGUUCCAUCUCUGCAGUUGGGCCUAGCACGAGUGUAGCAAAUGAUGCCAUGUCUAUUUUGGAAGCCAUAAGUUCCCUAAAUCAAGAGGCUACAGCGGCCCGGGCCCUAACAGAAAAUGCAAAUCAUAAAAACACAGAAAAGGUCUCCAGAAGACUUACACUGCAGAAUGUAGAUGCGUCGCUGGAGAAAGACCGCCCUCCAGAAGAGACUCAGGACAACGAAAAACCUGUCCCUGAAGUUCCCAGUGACAGUGUUGAGCAGGUUGUUAAGCCGGAAGAUACAACUGACAUGUUACCACCAGUGGAAGAAAAUAAAAAUGUAGUCGGUGAAAUCAUUGGCUCUUCUCAAAGCAAAGACAUUGUUAAUGAUAUUGAUGAGCAACGACCUAAAGCAGCUGAGAAGGCAGAGAAAAAAAAUGAGGUCAUUGAAAAAGUUGAAAAGAAGGAAGAGAAAAAAGAAACCAAGACAGAGAAGAAGAAUGAACAUGUAAGAAAGACUGAUGAGGCCACAAGGCAGAAGGAGGAAAAACCUGUGAAGGAAAAAGAGGGUGAUGCAGAAUCUGUAAAAUACAUCAUUGAAAAGAGCAUCAGUAAGCAGAAGCCUAUUGAGCCUGUGAAAGAAGAAUGUCCAUCUAUUGAUUCAGACCUGGAUGCUAUGUCAGAUGUGACGGUUAGUUCAGUCCACACCAGUGACUUGUCCUCAUUUGAAGAAGAGAGUGACGAUGAAGAUGAGGCUGUGUCAGACAGCACAGAAGAGGGGGAAAUUACUUCUGAUGAUGAAGAGAAAGCAGCUACUCAAAAUAAAGCUGGUGAAGCGGGCGAAACAAAGGCAAAGGGCACUCGACAGUCCUAUGUGCACAAACCGUACCUGUAUUCUAAGUACUACAGUGACUCUGACGAUGAGUUGACUGUGGAGCAGCGCAGACAGUCUGUGGCCAAGGAAAAGGAGGAAAGACUGUUAAGGCGGCAAGUGAAACGAGAGCGAUUGGAAGAAAAGCGCAAACAAAAAGCAGCGGAGAAAUCCAAGGCUUUGAAAAUGAAGAAUCAAGGUACAUCAAACUCUGUUCAUAAAUCUCCAAAGGAUCAGAAGGCAAAGUCUUCCAGUACGAAAGAGGUUCUCAAAGAACAAAUGUUUUUAGAAAAGAAAGUUGCCAUGAGUAAGAAGAGGAAGAAGGAUAGUAAUGGUUCUUUGAAGAUAAAAACUGAUGUUCUUGAUGAAGACUCUAGAGAUACCCAAAAGUCCAAUGAGUCACAGGAUAGAAUAUCUUCCUCUGCAAAAGACAAUAAAUCUGGAAAGUCUGAUGUCAAAUCCUCCAAAAAAUCACUUGAGCAAGCAGAAGAGAGUAAAAGUGACUCCAAAACCGAAAAAGAGAGUAAAAAGAAAUCCUCUUCAUUUUUAGAAAAAAUACAACAAGAUGCAGGGACACAGGAUACUAGAAAGCAACUAGAGAGACUUGACUCAAACUCUGAAGAAAACCAGAAGGCCAGAACACCCAGCAAACCAGACAAACCUGACAAAUAUUUAAAAAAAGAAAGCAUUGACAUGGAUGCACUGAAUGCAAAGGUUACACCAAGAAAAGAGUCCAAAUCUCAUAGGAGUGAACGAAGUUUCUCAGAGGAUCGUUCCUCCAGGCAAGAAGAGCGGUCAUCCUCAAAGCCUGAAGAGCGUUCAUCUUCCAAACAGGAGGAGCGGGCAUCCUCUAAGCAGGAAGAACGGCCAUCUUCCAGGCAGGAGGAACGUUCUUCCUGCAAGCAAGAUGAGCGUUCAUCCCUUAAGCAUAAGCACAAGACAGAUAAUGGACAAAAACAAGGAAGUGAUGAGUCAGACUCUCAGAAAUCCAAGAGGACCUCCUCAGUUGACAACCACUCACAGAAACGCAGUAAAUCCAGUUCAGAAGAGAGAUCUGAUCGGAAAGGGAAGCAAAAAAGUGACGUAAAGUCAUCUUCGUCCAGUAAAGAAGAAAAAACAUCUGAGCAUGCUACCAAAAAAGAAGAUAGCGCUCGUCGUGAUAGUAGUAAAAAAGACAGACCUCAGUCGUCUGAAAAGUCCAGAUCCGAACACGGUUAUAAACGAUCAGCAAGUGAUUCCAAGGACCACAGAGAAUCUCAAAGUAUUUCUAGGGCGCACGGUUCAACUCAGAAGAAGUCAAAGAAUUCUUUAGAUGAUAAAAAUGAGGCUGACUCUGCCAGUUCUGAUCACUCCAGACAAGAGGAAAACAAAGACAAGAAAAAACUUCAUAGUUCUUCAAAUGAGAGGCUCCAUGUCAAAGCCAAAUUUAAAAGCAGUAGUAGUAAUAAGUUGUCAAAACCAAAUGACCAAGAAGAGGCCGACAGUAAAAAUGAAAAAGAGAGGGUUGCAGUUGACAGUUCUAGUGAAAAGUACAGAAAAUCGAAAUCUGAAGAUAAAGAUGGUGGAGAAAGAAAGGACAAUAAUUCUCAUGCCUCAAGCAGCACAGCAAAAGAAACAAGCCACAAGUCUAAGCAUACAAGUGAUAAAUUAAAGGAAAGGCCUCGUCUUGACAGCAAGGAACAUGGAUCUUCUAAGUUGGACAAGAAAUCAUUUGGGGAAUGCCUCAAGAGUGGUAACUUAAAGCAUAUUCACAAAGAUUCAAAACGGAAGGAAGAAGUAAGGAGAGCAGAUGAAAGAUCUGUAAAGAAUCCAGAUGAAAAAAGAAUUCAGGAACGAAGCAGUAGCUCAGAUGGAAAGCUUGGUAAAAAAACUGAGUCCAAAAGUGAAAUCUCGAAGGAAACGGGCCUAAAGAAAAGCUCCAAGUCCGAAAGUGAAAGUGGUGUUCUCUCAGCUGAAUCAGGAUGUGGUGAGAAUAAAGAUCCCAGAGAGAAUAAGAAACUUGGAAGUCUUGGAAAUGAGAAGGCAUCUGCAGAGGCAAAGGUUACAGAUGCCACAAAAAUAAAUUCUAACGGCAAAUCUCAAUCAGUUUCUGAAACUCCUUCUUCCAAAAAGUCCACGCCACUAAAAUUCAAGUCAAAGCAUGGAAGCUGUGACUUGAAAGACAAAUCUAGUGGUCCCUAUGAAAACCCUUCUACAGCUCUAUUAGUACAUGAUCUUGGUUCCAUCAAAGACUCGGAUACUUCAACCUCUGAGAGCAUCGAUGAAAAUGAAAAGGCUGUCUUCAGUUCAAAAGAUGGUGCUGAUGUUGCAGAGGAGUCGUCUGAUCAAGGAAUGCCUUCUAAAACGGCCAGAAAUGCACAUGGGGAGAGAGAUGAUCUUGCUGGAUCUAGUACAACAAACAGUUCUGCUCAGGAGCAAAUGGUAUCGGCUCCCACCCCACAUAGUAAUGACUAUUCCAGUGUGUCUCCCAGGGAAGUAUAUCCUGAUGUAGCAGACUCAAACGAUGGGGAGAUUUCUACGAGUGACGUAGCAGAAAGCACUGGCAAAUGCUUGGAAGAAAAGAAUACGGAAAGUGCCAAUAUUCCAGUUCAUUUGGAUAUUUCAGAGGUUGAUGAUAUUGUUACAGGAAACGAGGUUGAAGGGGAUGUUUGUGUUAAGGAAAAAGAUUCUUUGUCAGAAAGAAAUGAAAAUGUUUCAGCUGAAGUAGAAGAACAAAGUAGUUCUGCUAAUGUGACUGGCACAGAAAGAAAUGUAGGUAGCAGUAUUCUGGAAACCAAUAACGAGAUUACUGGCGUUACCCCUAGAGAGGGCAAUGAGAGUAGAAAGGAAGCUGAGCAUGAUGCAACUGCUACCUCUUCCAGUUUCGUAAUAGAAAAUGAGUUAAGACAAGGUGUUGAGGAUACUGCAUCGUCUUCCAGCACACCAGUUGAUAACGGUACAGACGAUACUUGCAUGGAAAUGGAAGGGGCAAAUCUGGAUAACAGCAGGGAAUACACCUCUUCAGCUUCUGCAGAUGGUAAUAUUGUUGAAGAUGAUGGAGACGUUGCAAUGUUAUCAGAGAAUAGCUUUGAAGACACUGCUACUUCGUCAAGCUCUGAUCGGAAACAUUACAAUGAGGAUAGCUUGGAGCCCUUGCUGUCGGAAAAAGGGAGAGAAAGUACUGCCACUUGCUCUCAGAGUACAACCGAUUUGGUGCCAGAAAAAAUUGGUAAUGUUACCUUUAAAGCUGCUACUUCUUCAAGCGCCCAUAGAGAACUUUCACAAAAUGCCCACGAAAAUGCUGCAUCUUCUUCUGACAAUGCAGAAAGAAGUAAUAUUGAGUUAGAAGUUUUAAGUAAUGUCAGUGAAACUGCCACUUCGUCUGAUGCCAAUGCAGAAAGUGCUAGCUCUUGUAGAGCUGAAAUUGUUAGCCAUGUAGCAACGUCUUCUGAAAACGAUGAAACGGUUGAUAUUUCUGGAAAUAUUGCAGCUCAGUCAGCUACCUCAUCAAGCUCUUCAGCAGGUAUUCACUAUGGCCUUGGACUUUCAGAAAGGCAUACAGCCACCUCAUCAAGCAGUAUGAUUAAUAGUAGUAGAGAACUAAACUUUGAUGGCUCUUUGGUUUCCUCUGAAAUAGAUAAUGAAAACCUAGCAGCAUCAUCCAGCAAUGUAAUGGAUGGCAGUAUAGGCGAUGAUUCCAGUGAAUGGCUUAAAGAUGCUUCAGAAAGAGAGGGUGAAGAUGCAGCAAGUUCUUCCAGCAACCUUCCAAGUACUUGCAGAAACAAACCUAACUUUGGUAAUGUAGAAGAUAGUAAGAAUACUAGAGCCACCUCAAGCACCCAGCAAGAUGGUGUAAAUGAAGCGGGUAUCUCCUCAGGCACAAUAAAAGAAUAUCCAGGAAACUCAUCUGAUCUUGCCAUGGAUAGCAGCACUGAAGCAUCGAUUUCAGUCAGCAGUGAAUUUUAUUCUGGUAGAGCCACGGGGUGUUCCAGCAGUAGGGGGGAUCAAAGCCCUGGGAAUGAUAAAUAUUUGGAACAGACGAAGGAGAAAGACAAUGCAGCGUCUUCCAGUAGUGGAGCAUCUUUAUCUCAAACACAGACUGCAGGUGAUGAAGCGGCAUCCUCUUCAAGCUCUUUUACAAGUAGUGACACUCAGCACAGACAUAUUAGAAGCACAAUAAACUCUGACAACCCAGAAGCCACAGCAUCAUCAAGCUUUGCUACCAAUAGCAGUAGCGAGCAGUAUUUUAGAACUUCUCCAGGAAACAGCUCUGAUACUACAGCAACUUCAUCUAGCAGUUCAGUUACCAGUGGAACCUUCACAGAUGUAAAUCGCAACAACACACAACCCACAGCAUCAUCAAGUGUUUCAAUGGACAGCAGUACCGGCGAAGAUCUGAACAUGGGUGUUGCACAUUUGUGCAGCAGAACAAAUACUGCAACAUCCUCUAACAUUAUGGACAGUGCUGGUCUGGAACACGUUUCAAAAGAAAGAGGACCUGCCUCCUCAAGUAUAAUGGGAGUAGACCGAACUGAAGAGAAUGUCGAAGGUAUUAUUUUUGCAGAUAAAGUUAAUGAACAAGCAGCUACAUCCAGCAAUUUGAUGGACAGCAGUAUGGAAGAUGAUAAAGCAUGUGAUGCUCUUUCCAAUAAUAACCCCUAUGCCACAACAUCCACAGGCACAAACAUUGAUUUGGAUAAAGAUAUGGAUGAUGGGUGUGAUGUUAAUAGUGAAGCUGCAGCAGCCAGUUCAAGCAAUACAGUGGGCUCACCACUGAACGAUGGUCACGACAAUGCAACCUCAUCAGAUUAUACAAUGGAUAGUGGUGUGGAAGGUGUGGGACAGGCUUUAAGCCUGUCAAAGAAUAUUGAAGCUGCCAGUUCUUCAAGUAUUUGCGAUGUCAGGGUCCAAGAUAUUGUCACUGAUGCAUCUGUUAACCGACCAGUGGGCGAUGAUGCCACAACCUCUUCCAGCAUUGAAAGGAAAAAUGAGCUAGUUGGUGGCAUUCAUGAAAGUCAUAGCAAUGAAAGCAGUUCUAGAUCUAUAGAGAUGGCUGCUGAGUCAAGUUUUGUUGCCAACCAUAGUAGUAAUGCUAUUUCUGGCACAAUACAAGAAGCUGCUGCUCCAUUACGGGCAGAUGAGGAUGAUGGACAUGUUGAAAUGAAUGCCACUGAUGGGACAAAUUCAGUAAGUUAUGAAAAUAAUGAUGAAAAAGAGGACACCGUCAGUAGUGCCAGCUCUGAAGAACAAAGGUUUGUUGGCAAUUCAUCUAGACAGGCCACAAGGCAGCUUGGGGAUGGCGAAACUGAUAGUACUGUCACCAGUGCUGGCACAGAUGCACAAGAGUCAUCUGUGAAUAGUGAAAAUUCUGAAGCAUCUGAUCAUGUUACCUUUGCAGAUAAAGAAGUCAAUAAUGUUGAUGUGAGCAAUGUGGAAGCCAACGUUGCUGUUGAGGAAGCUUCUGUUUCCCAUGCAAGUGAUCAAGAUUUCAAUGAUCAAGUAUCUGAAGCAUCUGCAGACAACAAAAUGGCUGAAGAAUCUGAAGACGUAUCUGUCGAAAAUGAAAUGAUUGCAAAUGUAGGUACUGAAAAUGAAGUUGCACAGACUAGUCAGUCAAUAACGGAAGAAGGUGAAGGGGCUGUUACGAGUACGGGUAUAACCGAAGAAAGCUAUGGUGAUAAAGUUUUGCAAGGACAAGAUGAAGUUGCAUGUUCUGAAGAGACUGAAUCAAAUGAAAGUGGCAGUAUGAACAUGGCUGAAAACCUUGGCCCUAGAGCCAUUACUGAAGAUGAUGAAAGUGCCAUCACAAGCACUGGUGCUAAAGAGGAUGAGGAAGAGGGUGAAGGAUUUGUUACAAGUUCUGGGACACCAGGUGAGGAAUCUUCAUUUUCAAACACUGUGGAACACAGCUCCCCUACUUCUGCUGAACAACCUAAAGAAAGCAUAGCAAAUGCAGAUGAAGAAACGGCGGUGGAAAUGGAGGAAUUAAGCUCUGAAAAUCUUGAGUGUGUUACAAGCUUCACCACGACACCUCUAGAGAAUAAUUCUUCUCACCCCAGAGAAGAAGAAAGCACACCCUCUCCUUCAGGCAAAAAUAUUUUGGUGCCCGAAAAUGUUUUAUCUGUUACAACCCAAAAUUCGGAUUUGGAGACGGAAAAAAAAACGGAAACUCAAGAAUUCUCAAGUUUAGAUAUUUCUGAGGGGUCUCCAGGUUGUCCAGUGCAGAGCAAUGAAAUCUUGCUUGACUCUGAUUUAAAUCGUGGCACUCCACAUUCUGAAAUGGCAGAUGAGUUGUGUGUAGAAAGCUUGUCUCAGUCAGUUGGUGAUGUCUUGCAUGAGGCCAGCACUCCAUCAGAAGAACAUUUAGAGCACAGCAAAGCACAAACACCUUCAAAAGACCACCCUGACGCCCCUCUUACAGAGGAAGACUCGGCUUGCAUAUUGGAUAAAGAUAAUGUUGGUUUAAACAUUCCUUCAGAAUCUGAAAGAACUUCUGAUGUUUUAAAUGCAUCAAGUGGUGAUCGUGAUGAUCCUGCAGGUCAAUCUACAAACUCGGAUGUGAUUUUUACACAAGUAGAAGAAACACAAAAUGCUACCUCAUCUAAUGCCUCUGAAGAUGCUGUCCCUAACUCGGAUAAAGAAUGUGCCCCGCAAAGUGAACAAUCUCAACCAGAAAUCGAAGCUCAUGUGCAGGUCUUAAAAGAUCCAGAAAACACUGAGGUGGAAAGGCCAGACAAGAGUGAAAAGCUUGAUGAACCCGAAGAAUGUGCCCUGCAAGGUGAACAAUCUCAACCAGAAGUCGAAGCUCAUGUGCAGGUUUUAAAAGAGCCAGACAACGCUGAGGUGGAAAAGCCAGAAAGCGCUGAGGUGGAAAAGCCAGAAAGCGCUGAGGUGGAAAAGCCAGAAAGCGCUGAGGUGGAAAAGCCAGAAAGCGCUGAGGUGGAAAAGCCCGACACCGCUGAGGUGGAAAAGCCCGACACCGCUGAGGUGGAAAAGCCCGACACCGCUGAGGUGGAAAAGCCCGACACCGCUGAGCUGGAAAAGCCCGACACCGCUGAGGUGGAAAAGCCCGACACCGCUGAGGUGGAAAAGCCCGACACCGCUGAGGUGGAAAAGCCCGACACCGCUGAGGUGGAAAAGCCCGACACCGCUGAGGUGGAAAAGCCCGACACCGCUGAGGUGGAAAAGCCCGACACCGCUGAGGUGGAAAAGCCCGACACCGCUGAGGUGGAAAAGCCCGACACCGCUGAGGUGGAAAAGCCCGACACCGCUGAGGUGGAAAAGCCCGACACCGCUGAGGUGGAAAAGCCCGACACCGCUGAGGUGGAAAAGCCCGACACCGCUGAGGUGGAAAAGCCCGACACCGCUGAGGUGGAAAAGCCCGACACCGCUGAGGUGGAAAAGCCCGACACCGCUGAGGUGGAAAAGCCCGACACCGCUGAGGUGGAAAAGCCCGACACCGCUGAGGUGGAAAAGCCCGACACCGCUGAGGUGGAAAAGCCCGACACCGCUGAGGUGGAAAAGCCCGACACCGCUGAGGUGGAAAAGCCCGACACCGCUGAGGUGGAAAAGCCCGACACCGCUGAGGUGGAAAAGCCCGACACCGCUGAGGUGGAAAAGCCCGACACCGCUGAGGUGGAAAAGCCCGACACCGCUGAGGUGGAAAAGCCCGACACCGCUGAGGUGGAAAAGCCCGACACCGCUGAGGUGGAAAAGCCCGACACCGCUGAGGUGGAAAAGCCCGACACCGCUGAGGUGGAAAAGCCCGACACCGCUGAGGUGGAAAAGCCCGACACCGCUGAGGUGGAAAAGCCCGACACCAGUGAAAAGCUUGAUGAACCCGAAGAGUCCAAACAUAUGAAAGAAGAUAAAAGUGUAAAGGAGGAGGAGAAAAAAAUAGAAUCACAGCCUGCUGCAAAGUCUGAAGAGGAACCACCUAAGAGAAAACGAGGGCGACCUCCAAAGAAGCGUACCCUGUCUUUAUCCACAAGCACAGAUGCUGAAGUGAAAAAAGUAAGUUCUGAAGAACAACAUGCUGUCCGUCAAAAAAGACAAACUGAGGAUGAAGCCAGUUUGAAUGAAGGCGCUUCUGAUCAAGAGAAGAAAGAUAAAGAGUCCAAAAAAUCUGAGGUUGCAGAUUCUGAAAGAAGUCCUGGAACUGUACCGCGAAGAGGAAGAAAAAAGAGACGUUCACAAAGUUCUUCUGAUAAUGAAGGCUCUGAUCCAGAGAAAAAGCGUAAGAAAACAGAAAGUGCUGAAGAGGAUGAUAAAGAGGAUGAAGAUCAGGAGGAUAGUGAGAGCGAAGAUGAUGAAGAAACGCCUAGAAGGGCAACUACAAGAGCUGCAUCCCGACUGGAAGCCCAGAGUAAAAAGCCAACAACCCGAGCAGCUGCAAAAUUAAACCCUGAACCAUCUUCCUUUGCUAAUAGACGGCGUAAAAUUAAGUCUCCUGAGUCCAAGACUGGAAAAACAGCAAAGCGGUCAAGCCCACAUCAGACACCGCAAGCAAGUGGAACAAAGAGGAGGAGAGAAGCCAGCCCGCCAACACCAAGGACUAGAGGGCGGCACAGUUCAGGAGAAACGGCAGGGAAAAAAAUGAAGCGCCAAUGAUUGUAUAAAUUUCAUAGGUCUCUUUUGUAGUAUUCUAAUUUAAUACACUGUAAAAAGUUUGGUGUCAAAAAAGGUGCUUAGAAAUGUAAAUUACUAUACAAUAUUAAUGCCAUUCUAUGGGGGAAAUGUUUCAUAUUUUGUUUAGCUGUAUGUAGGAGCCCCUCCCCCCACUUCAUCGUAACUCCGGAUUUAUUAAAUGUACAGAAGAUUCACUUAGGUCUCAGAUAUAAAAACUGAAGAGCAGCAAAGAAAAGUCAUAGCCUGUAGAAGCCAAUCAGUUCCCAUCUGUGAUUUUUCUCAUGCAAGUUAGAAAGCGAAGCACCUGGUUGCUAUAGACAACCACUUAAAUCCUUUCCACUAGUUUUUCUGAGGUCUGUAGUGUAGCUGCAAUAUAUAUGUAUAAAUAUGUAAGAUAUAGUUUGAAGAAUUAUAAACGGAAGGCAUUGGGCAGUAUUUCUAAACCUCUUGGGUUUAUAAAUUCUCACUUUUUUUUCAUUUUUUUUUUUUUUCAUGGACCAUCAUUCUCAAUAGUACAUGUAUUUAAGGAAUGUAUAAACUUUUAAAGGUAAUGCUCACUAAAGGGGUUUCAGGGGUUGGUUGAGAAAGUAGGUGUGGUGUUUAAAUGUCAUUCAUCUCUGUACUGUGCACAUUAGAUCUGAUCUUCCUCCAGCCACUUCUGCCAAAGUGUUGGAGAUUCUGAAGACUUCUGUAGAUCUAGUAGGCCUCCAUGGUCUGCUUGGAGACACUGCCAAGUUGCCCAUUCAAUGUACAGUGAAAGAUCUUCCUGCUGGCUUCUUCCAUCUCUCAGCAAGGUAAACUUGGCCCAUUCAUACCCCCUCACCGCAUUCUGUUGGGCUUUUAAAGAUGGGGAGCAUGUGGUCUCCCCCCAUGUGACGGUGUUCAUAAGUGGUCAGUCACCAGGCUGGAACACUGUCAUGUGGAGGCGGCUAUGAUGCUAUUCCCCUAGGUAAGCUCUGACAUCGGGGUUUGCCCAGAGUGAACUGAGGUGGGGAAGUGACGAGAAAGCUUGCAUUUCAUGGGAUUACCUUGCUGGAAGGGAGAAAGAGAGGCACUGUCACUCUAUGCUGAAUGGGAACUAACUCUUUAAAUACAGCUAGAAGUAGCUGUAGAAAGUUUAGAGAAACGGAUGCAUUAAAGAAAAGUGCCUUCAUGUUGGGUGUAGUUAGUCAGAAAUGCCAGUGACUCAAAAUUCACUGAAAUUAAAGACUUGAUUUGCUAUAUGUUCAC